UUUGCAACGUUUAAAUUAUUUCGGUGGUUCCUCUUUUUGUGAGACAUGGCUGUUGUAUUUAUUCAGAGGUUUUAUAACCGGGUUUCCUUGUAGUGAAUGUCGAAGACGACCGGUCGCGCCUUUCGAUUCAUAGCUGAAGCUAUGCUAAUGCCACGUCGGAGUGGAUUCAGUUCUUCAAGGAUGCUGGGAUCCCAGUCGGCCUCGCAGUCACUUAUGCAGUCUCCUUCGUGGACAACAGAAUUAACAAGAACAUGCUGAUGGACCUCAGCAAAGACAUCAUGAUGGACCUCGGGAUAACAGUCAUUGGUGACAUCAUUGCCAUUCUUAAACAUGCCAAGCAGGUCUACAGGCAGGACAUGUGCAAAAUGGCCACAGAAGCCAUCUCCUCAGGACAGACCAGUGUUAAAGCUGAGCUCAGACGAACUGCCAAUUCUCCUGCCACUCGUAUGAUCGCCAACGCUUUGAGCAGCGACUCCCCGCCGGCCACUCCAGCCCGUCGGCCUGACAACCACCUCUCUGUCACUGUGUCCAACAUGCAAGUAAACAAGAGUGGCAAAGCGGUUGUAAGUCCGCCGGCUGACGAGGGGAACAGUUUGCAGGCAGUGAAGCGCCGACGUGUGACAGCUGAGAUGGAAGGCAAGUACAUCAUCAACAUGCCCAAAGGCUCCACGCCUCGUACACGCCGCAUCCUGGCCCAGCAGGCCAAGAAAGGUAAUAAGCGCACCUCUGUGUUUUCAAGACUUGGGGCUGAAUCGAAGGCAGACACAACGACAAGCAAUAACAAGGCCACCGGUGUGUUCAGUCGUCUUGGCCGAGGAGAUGAAGAGGAGAACGGGCAGAGGCCUGUCAAAAUGGCUGCAAACAUGGAUGUUGACGACGAGGACGACAGUGAGGGAGAAGGCUCCGUUCUUCAGUAUGCCGGCGUGCUCAAGAGAAGCAUGCCCUCCCAGAAGAAAGAGCCAGUGGCCAAACCACCACCGACCACCCUACGGCGCCUGGGUGGUCAAUUCAAACUACAUCCCUCUGACACCCCCACCUCCUCUUGCGCCCCAAAUGGCCUCCCCCCUGCCAAGGUGAGUGUGCUUCAGAGACUGGGCAAGCUGCCUCCAUCACACCAGAGCGCCGCUGUGUCGCCCUUACCUGCUGACACACAGGACAACAGGGUGACCAGCACCAAGCCCAAAGCCAAGGAGGGGCUGACCCUAGCCAGCUCCAAGGUCAGCAGCAGCACCGGGGUGGGGGGAGCAGGAGGAGCAGAGGCUGUGGGGGCCCAGAUGGAUGUCAGGGCUAUCAGUGUUUUCAAGAGACUGGGGAGCAAGAAAACCUAACGCUGAUCCCUAAGAAAGUAUUCAGAAUCUUUCGACACGUCCUUUAUAGAAUUUGUACCAACUCUUUGUUUUUGCAUUUUUCCUGGAAACAUGUAAAUGCAGCUCGGAGCCUUUUCCUCUUUUGAGUUGAUGGACUGUUUGAAUUGGAUACAAUUUGAUGUUUUUUUUUUUACCUAAAUCACACUGCCAUUGGAAAAACACAUUUGAAUGGACCCUAAACCAAUGUUUUCUGUGAUUUAUGAUGCGCCAUCUGGAAUCUAUUUAUCAUGUCUCAAUCAUAUCUAGCAUUUAUCUUUCUGUAAAAAAAAAAAAAUUAUAUUUAACUUAAAGCAUGAGCAUGACAUGAACCAAGCUGCCAUAACGGUGGUUUUAAUUUUACCCUCGCACUCCUCAAAUAAAGAUGCUGCUGCCAACACUUUCCUUUUCUCCCGAAGGAAUAGUUCCGUAGUGGAGGUGAUUGUUACAUUCUUCUUGUUACCAUCAUGUAUUACCUCUAAUGUCGGGUAAGUAGAAAAGGCGUUAAUGAAAGGCUUCUAAACUUCAGCCCUGGAUUGACUUGCAUAGUCAAUUCAGAUUUUUACACACCUCUGAACACUUUGAAAAGAAGAAAAUAAAACACUGCACCUCCUCCACUUCUCCUGUGCUUUAUGGAGUAACAUUUUCACCUCUGAACUAAAGACACCCAUGUCACCUCUAUCACAGUACUGAAAGUUUCCUAUAACCAGGGGUGCACACAAGUGGUACGCAACAAUCUGAAAUGCGUACCGUCACUUGUGUCACAAAGCU